AUGCAAAGCUACAGCAACCCCGACGUCUUCUUCUGCCCGCUCUAUAACCUCCCGGGUGUCUCCGACCCGAUCAGCACUCUCCUCUCCAACGAAUCAGAGCAUCGGACGCCAAGUGCAUUUUCAACGCCAACCACGUCUCGUUCCGGAAGUCCUUUCUCUGCUGCUUCGCCGAACUCCACACCACCGACCUCGCCUGAAACCUGGCCCUCGCGGCCUCCGAAGACUCCGUCCUCCGCAUCGUCACCAACAGCUCCAGAAGCGAGCAAAAAACUACAAAAGUACCGGCGGAUGUGCGCCAAGUCGGGCACGCCGCUGCUCGACCUCGUGGCGGAAGUCGAAAACCGAAGAAUGGUGCAUGAGAAACGGAAACAGGUCAGUUUCUCCGACCCCGCGCGUCUUGCUCCAGUCUGA